AUGUCGGAUAUCAAAGCAGUACGGAAGUAUGCUGCUCAACAUGAUCUGUUUAACAGAUUACAUUCGAUAGCUGCAGAUGAAAGUUUCGUCAGAGAUGUAGCUGAGAAUUGGUUUGACGGGAGAUUUGAAGUUGUUCCUAAUCAGAGAUGUGGAAAUUGGUAUUGCGACCCUUCGACAAGCUCGAAGGCUUAUGCUUAUUUCAAAUCGACUGAUGGACACAUGUCUCACUGGGAUUUUAAUCUUCGUCGAUCAAAUCUGAAUUUUGCUAAGCAUGCCGAGGAGAAAGGAGGGUUGAUAUUGGUUGAUUCGACAAGAAGAGGUAAAAGGAUGCCUGAUGGAUUGUCAAAAACAGUUCCUAUAUGGUGCUGCGUGAUCAAUUUAGCUAUUGAGCUCAGACGAAAUAUCCCUUUGGACGAAGAAUGGGAUACUGAAUUAUAUUUGCCUCCCAAAGUCGUACCGCCAACAGAGAAAUCGCAAAUCGAAGAAAAGUUAGACGAGUGGGCAGAGGCUCUUGAACGCUCGUCAUUACCCCUUCCUAAUCUUUCUAAACCCCUUCGACCAUUCUUCAUACAUCCUUCAACGUCCACUCCUCCAAGUAUACCUCCGAAUUCACCUUAUACACCCAUCAUCUGCCUGUCCGCUUCACGCUGGGUGAACGGUACGAAUGACCAAAUUCCUUCAGUGACGAAAUUGGGUGAUAGAACAGUCGGGUUUGAUUAUGUCCCUGGUGGUGGAGAUGAUGAUGAACUUUGGGCUAAAGGACUAUCACCAACGAUAUUUCAUACGAACAAAAAGGAAUUGCUAGAUGCUGAAAGAGAUGAUUUACCUUCUUUGGUUGAUGAAUCGGUGAUUUCAUCUUCGAUAAAAAAACUCUCUAUACCCUCUUCUUCAUCACCACACACUGCUUUAGCUACCUCCUCAUCUCCAGCUUCAUCUUCCACUCUAAUCAUAGGAGUUCCCUCUCCCAAUUUAAGAUUAGGUCUAGAUAUCGGAACACCCAUAAGCGCUUCCACAUGGUCAUAUGACCUCAACAACGCAAGGGUCAUCAGAGUAGUGGAAGUUGAUAAACACCCUAAAGAAAUCCCUCGAUUGAUUAAAGUAGGUGAAGAAUGCGUAUUAUCAGUGGUGAACUCGAAGUCGGAUGGAAAAGGUUAUGAAUGGACUUUACGAGAAUUAAUAAAUCACAUCAAAACAACAGAAACAGAUGGAAACCCAAUCAUACUCCGAAGUGGAUCAUCAACAGAUUAUCAAAGAUCCCUAGAAGUAUACACUUCUCCAUUUACGAAUAAAGAAGCGAAAUUGGAUGAACCGCCUUUACCAACAGUCGAAACGAGGAAACUCAUAUUACCCCUAGCUCUAGCUUUACUGUGCGCCAUACCUUCCCUGGCGACUAAACGAAAUGAUGUAGAAUCAGAAUUUGAUGGACAAGGGGAUAAGACCUCAAGAAUAACGAAAAAUCAUAUAGCAGAUAAACUUCAUUCAUUAGUUGCACUUUGGCCAGAUGGGAAUCCACCUAGAUCAGCCUUGAAAAGGAUUAAUGACGUUUUAAUGAGUCAAGAGAGAAAGGGCUGA